UAAACAGGGGAACUUAAGGAACUGAGUGUCCUCAGUGUAUAAAAACACUUUGCUGUCUGUGAUUGCAGCACCAUACACGCUCUGGUGCUUAGCUGAGCCUCUGGAUUGCUAAAGAAAAAAAUCUGCUUUAUUCAUCUACACAGUUCUACUCUGCAUUAGUUAACUCUUUCUACUGUCAUUCACCAUCGGAGAGUUAGAGCAUGAAACAGAAACUCUUGGACUUUCGCCGAACAAUUUGCCCCUCGUUUAGGGCAGACUCGGAUCCAGAACUGAAAGCACCGUCGGGUCUGGAUGGCCAGACAGAGAGAAUGGUGAUGAAGAGGGAGAUCUCUCUGGUCAAUGGCGUAUGCCUCAUCGUGGGAAACAUGAUCGGUUCAGGGAUCUUUGUGUCACCCAAAGGUGUUCUCCUGCACAGCGGGUCUUAUGGCCUGUCGCUGCUCAUCUGGGCACUUGGGGGCUUGUUCUCUGUCUUCGGUGCCCUCUGCUAUGCCGAGCUUGGCACCACCAUUGGCAAAUCAGGUGCCAGCUAUGCCUACAUCCUGGAGGCCUUUGGUGGAUUCCUGGCCUUCAUCCGCCUCUGGACAUCAAUACUGCUGGUCGAGCCGGCGAGCCAGGCUGUCAUCUCUCUUACGUUUGCUAACUACCUGGUGGAGGCAUUGUACCCGACAUGCCAUCCUCCGUACGAUGCUGUGAGAGUCAUAGCCGCCGCCUGCAUCUGUGUGCUGAUCUUUAUAAACUGUGCCUAUGUGAAGUGGGGAACUCUGGUCCAGGAUAUCUUUACCUACACCAAGAUCUUGUCCCUCAUCCUCAUCAUUGCAAUCGGUGUUAUAAAAAUAGUUCAAGGAGAGACACAGAACUUUGAGAAUUCAUUCAAGGGCUCCUCCAUGGAGGCUGGGAGCAUUGCACUCGCGCUCUACUCGGCUCUGUUCUCCUACUCCGGCUGGGACACGCUCAACUUUGUCACGGAGGAGAUUGUGAAUCCAGAGAGGAAUUUACCCCUAGCCAUUGCCAUCUCCAUGCCGGUUGUUUCUAUCAUCUACCUGCUGACAAAUGUGGCAUACUACUUGGUGCUGGACAUACCUUCCUUCAUGGCCAGUGAUGCAGUCGCAGUGACUUUUGGGAACCAGGUACUGGGACCCAUUAGCUGGGUCAUUCCCAUUGCCGUGGCUAUGUCCUGUUAUGGAGGACUGAAUGCCUCUAUUAUUGCUGCCUCCAGGUUGUUCUUCGUGGGGGCGAGAGAGGGCCACCUCCCGAUUAGCCUGGCUCUGAUUCAUUCUGACCGCUACACUCCUGUUCCUGCACUCCUCUUCAAUGGUGUGAUGGGACUGAUCUUUUUAUGCGUGGAAGAUGUAUUCCUGCUAAUCAAUUACUUCAGCUUCAGCUACUGGCUGUAUGUUGGAUUAUCUGUGGCGGGACUCAUCUACCUUCGCUUCACACAGCCAGACAGACACAGACCAGUGAAGCUGACAUUGCUCAUUCCCUUCAUCUAUUGCUUGUGCAGUCUUUUCUUGGUCAUCGUGCCCCUCUAUAGUGACACAAUCAAUUCCCUCAUAGGAGUAGCCAUUGCAUUGUCUGGUGUACCUGUGUACUGCUUCUGCAUCUACCUGCCUGAGGAGAAGAGGCCGAAAUGGUUCAGUCAGCUCAGUGCCACCAUCACAAAAUACACCCAGAUCAUGUGCUACUGCUGUCUAACUGACCUCGAUGUUGAGCCAGAGAAGUUGGCUGAGAACAAGACUCAGUGAUCUACAAAAGAACAGCACACAGAGCAAGUUCUCUACUUAAAGACGGCAUCGAUUUUUGAAUGACGUGAACAUUGGCAAAAUGGUGAACUUAAAAGACGACGGUGUCCAGUGAGAAGCUGUAAAAUUUGUACGUAUCAAUCGUUUGUUUUCAUUUAUUUGCAUACAUGCAUACACCACAUCUUCUUUCAAUUUGUACUGUAUGUUUGAAGUAAUGUACCGAGAAUGACAUGAAGAGAAAAUGCAAUGUCUAACUUUAUUCUUUAAGAUUGUAAUGAAGUUAUGGUGCACUUUUGAUAAAUGUUCCUCCAAAAUA